AUGUCCCUUUCGUCCAGCCGUUCGAAACCGCUACCGAACCGGAGCGUCCACAGCCUCAGGAAUGGAGGAAGAGCCUCUAGAGACUCCUCCAGGGUCCGGCGGAAAUCUAUCACUCCCAACGAUGCCUACACUUAUGCUCUCCGAGUGGCCUACCUGUCGUACUUGCUGCAGCCGCGCAAAACCAGGAAGAAACAUAUCGAGACCAGGCCGGCGAUCAAUCGCACGAACACUUCCCAUUCCUUCAAUGACUUGAUGAAAGAUUUUACCAUGGUUCGAGAUGCAAAGAGCGCAAGAUUCCCCCAUGAUUUCAUCAAAGAGCUGGAAAAGAGGCUGCAGGGCAUCCUUAUUGGUAAAGAGAGGCGGCAGGAAUACCAUGAGCCUGUGGUCAAAAGGGUUUUCGCCAUAUUUCUCAAUACUCUGUCCGAUCCUGCUUUCAAAAAGCGCAUGGAGGCGGAUCGAAGAGCUGAAGAUCUGGUACUCAUCUUCUUCUCCACGGCCACCAAGGAGUUACAGAAGGGUCAUCCUGCGGGAGACGAUGCUGUCAAGCGUCUGGUUGAUCGCCACGUCGCCCUCUUCGUUCGCCUCUUGUCUUUGAUCCUCCAGGAUCGUGACUGGGCCAAGGACAAACCUGACCUGGCAGCUCGACUGCAAACUCUCGAGUCCAAGUUGCUGAAGGGCGACGAAAAUCUCGCCGCAUCACAGGCAAAUGGAGAAUGGACCACCGUCGAGGAGGUGAUUCCUCUCACCUAUGAGGUCAAGGACAUGCCCCUAGUUCAGGUGGUGGGGCGCAUCUUUGGUCUGACCAACACUAUGAUGCAGUCCGACAUUAACAAAAACAAGCCUAUCUGGACAGAAAAGGCAGCGCUUCAGGAUCUGAAGACGUACCAGCAACACCUCACCCUCGGGACGAAGUUGACGUUGAAUUCCCACGACUUCGACACCCAAGAAGCAUACGAGAGCUGGAAAAGGACCGAAGGGCCGGACCUCUCCCAACUGAUGCUGGCCAUCAUCCAGUCGAAUCCCGAGUUGGCCAAAAGCACUCCGGGCGGCGCGUUGCCUCAAUUCAACCCUCAGAAUGAGCCUUCUAGCCCCUCGGAUUCUCAUUACGCCGAACUCUCCAGAGCCCUGUCCCAGUCCGGGGCCUCUUCAUCCUACGUCUUAGAUCUGCCGGCAGAUCUCAGUUCCCUUCAAUUGACUUCGGGCGAUCCCUCUCAGCACGACGACAAUGCGGCGCAAGUCUAUACUUUUAUACCUCCCGAUCCUAGAGCCAUGUUUCGAUAUGUUAUGCUUCAAGCCCUUAAUCAUGACCUUAACGAUAAGAUGAACGGCAGUGACGGCGGUCCCGGGGAUGGCCGCUUGUUCUCCAAGGAGACUACAGAGCUGUUGAAUGAAAUUGCUUUGAGAUGGCGAAUACCCAAGUUCACUCGUAUUGUCCUCUUUCUGGAUGUUGUUCGUGAGAAAUUUACAGAGAACCAGCUCAGUCUGGAAAUGCUUGACGCUGCCUUCAACUACGUCAAAGAGCCGUUGCAAGAUGACCACAAGAAUAAAAGAAGUUCUUUGAUCAUGAGUACGGCCCUGUACGAUCGCAAUAAUUGGACCGUCACCGAUUUUGCCUUGAUGGGCAGGCUUCUCAACAGCAUCUAUGAGACACUCCUUCGAGACCUGUACGAAGUUAUCAUGACAUCCUAUGCCGAUAAGGCUCAGUUGCCACGGUUGGGGGCCAUCAUGGCCGUGAUAGACGAGCAUAUUCGCAGCGACCCAAAUUUCAAUCAAAGCCCCGAAGAUUUCGAAAACUUCAAGAAGGCUGCCAUUGACGGGUUGGCGACGGAAGCGCGGAAGAUCUAUGACUCUCUUCUGGACCGCGAACUCCCUCAAGAAAAUGACAAGUGGGAAUUCUAUCAUAUUCAGCAAUUGGCAAAGGCUGUAUUGAAGCUUGCAGAGAAAGUCCAGAAGAGGUUCAGAAAGAAUCCAGAAAUCCUUGGUAUCAACCCGUUGAUGAUACUGAUCAAUUGUACCCUGCCCACGUUUGCGGAGGAUUCAAAGGCAAUGGUGGAGCAAAUCCUGAAUGUUGCCCAGAGAGACGGAUUUGAAGUCACUAUUCAAGAUGGGUUUGAUUUGUACAAGGAGCUGAGCGAGUUCCGUCGCGUCCACGCUGAUGCCUUACCACACAUACCAUUUCCCUACAAAAUCGAAGACCUACUGGCUGAUUUCGUCUGGCGCUGGAUCAAGACCACUGAGACACAAGUCAUUGGCUGGGUCGAGAAUGCAGUCAAGCAAGAUGAGUUCAAGAUCAGGACGCAGUUGCCGGACCAGACGCCCACUGAGGAUGAACGCCACUCAACGUCUGUUCUCGAUAUUUUCAGCUCUUUCAACCAAGUCAUCAACCAAAUCAGUGAACUCAAUUGGGAUGAUGAUCUCAGCUACGCGAAAUUUAUGACAGCACUUUCCAAGGCUAUCGGCCAGGGCGUCUCGAGAUACUGUGAAUUGCUCGACCAAAUGUUCAAUAAAGAGAUGGAUCGAUUGACGCCUGAACAAGAAGCUGCUGCCAAUAUGACCAGACAAGAGAAAUGGGUUCAACUGGCGAAAGACACGUGGAACCAGAAAGAACGAGUGGAGCCUUUCAAUUUCUACCCGGAAUCCUUUGUCAAACUCAACGACAUCCUGUUCGCCGUUCAACAAUGGGAUAAACUGGAGACCGAGGUCAACGUUGAUGCCUGUGCCGAAGUUAUCAAAAAGUAUGCUCCGCCACUCGCACAACGGCCGAAAAAAUCGUCGAAUUAUGUUUUCACGAUCAAGAUCGUGGAAGCUGAGGAUCUCAAAGCUUGUGACGUUAGUGGCUUCAGCGAUCCUUAUGUUGUCUUGACGGAUGAAUACCAGAAGCGGUUGUUCAAGAGCAGGAUCGUCUAUCGGAAUCUGAGUCCACGAUGGGAUGAAUCCGUGGACAUUACUACGCAAGGACCCCUCAAUCUCAUUGCUACCAUCUGGGAUUGGGACGCCAUGGGUGAUCACGACUACGUGGGAAGAACUUCGCUCAAACUGGAUCCUGCACACUUUAGCGACUUCCUGCCUCGAGAAUACUGGCUGGACCUGGACACCCAGGGCCGAGUCAUGAUCCGCGUCAGCAUGGAAGGAGAGCGGGACGACAUUCAGUUCUACUUCGGCAAAGCCUUCAGGAGUCUUCAACGAACCCAGCGGGACAUGACGCGAAAGAUCACCGACAAAUUGUCGGCGUACAUCAAUCACUGUCUCUCUCGACGUGCACUCCGAUCUUUACUCAAUCGGGGGAUCUCCAUGGCCAAUGUGUCUGCCAAUGUCUCGUCAUUCUUUGCGCGCAACCGUGCGUCGGUGGCACCAACGACGACCAUGCCAACCGAAGCAGAGAUUGUCAACGCCCUGAAACCGCUCUUCGACUACUUUGACGACAACUUUGCCAUCAUGCAACAAACAUUAACGUCGGAAGCCAUGAUUGCAGUCAUGACGCGCAUCUGGAAAGAAGUUCUCGUCACCGUCGAGGCUCUCCUUGUCCCGCCGUUGUCAGACAAGCCUUCCCAACAGAAAGCCCUGACGCAACAGGAACUGGACAUCGUCUUCAAGUGGCUGCAAUCUCUCCUGGAAUUCUUCAACGCCGUCGAUGAAGACACUGGAGAAGCCAAUGGCGUGCCUCUCAAUGUCCUGAAGAGCCCAAAGUAUCACGAACUGCAAAUGCUCAACUUCUUCUACUUCGAGCCCACGGACUCUCUCAUCCGUGAAUCGGAAAGAAUGGCCAGCGCCACGGCUGCCAACCAACAAAUGCACCGGUCAAGAUUUUCUGCUCCGGCCAAUCUGAGCAAUCACCUUGGUGCGGGCGGUCUCCUCGACCCCGGCAAUCUCGCGGGAGCACGCCGCGCUAAGAGCAUUUUGCUCUCCCGCAACCUUGGCACGAAACGCAAAGCCAAAGAAGAAAAAUGGAAAGCUGCUCAGGCAGAGCCGAAUGAUGACAUGAUAUUGAGAAUUUUGAGAAUGAGACCUGAGGCCGCCGGAUACUUGAGGGAUCGGAGUAGGCAGAAAGAGAGGCUUGCGGCCGCAGCGGCGGCCGAUUUGAUCGUGAGACAGAGUCUUCUGAGUGGCGGCGGAAGGAUGACCGGACCUUCAGUGAUACGAAGGUAG